AUGGCUAGAACAGGUGAAAAGCGUCCUAUAGAUACGUUACAUUCAACUAUUCCAACAUCAGGACACUUUCUGGAUAUUCCAUUAGAUUUGGCAGCACCAAAACGAUUCAAAUUUAUGAUUGAUCAUUUGUUGGAUAUAAGUGAUGCGGAUGAGAAGGCAGAACGAACGACGAUUGCUGUGAGAACAAGUAGAAACUACAGUGAUGACAGUAAGGAUCGUGAGGAACCAGAAGAAUGUGAGAGUAGCAUGGAACAGCUACCGAAAUCCUCACCGCCACCCGGGAAUUCUCAUAUCCUCCGCCAUGUUACUUGUCGAUUAGAGGGACGUGAAUUAUGGAAUAAAUUUUAUGAACUUAGCACCGAAAUGAUUAUUACCAAAAGCGGACGACGUAUGUUCCCGACAAUGAAGUUAAGUAUUGCCGGUUGUGAACCAGAUGUACUUUAUUACGUAUUUCUGGAUGUAGUUCCAGUGGACAAUCGACGUUAUCGGUAUAUUUAUAACAAGUCAUCCUGGUUAACAGCCGGUAAAGCUGAACCUACACCUCGUAAUCGAUUGUAUAUGCAUCCUGAUUCUCCAUUCACCGGUGAACAGCUCUGCAAUCAAGUUAUAUCAUUUGAAAAAGCCAAACUGACCAAUAAUGAAGUUGACAAAACCGGACAUUUAAUUUUAAAUUCAAUGCACAAGUAUCAGCCACGUAUACAUGUGGUGAGACGGCCGCGUGAAAGGCCUAUUGAACAGGCAUUAACAAUCGAUUUGCAUAACGAACAUUACAAAACGUUUCAAUUUAAAGAAACCCAAUUUAUGGCUGUAACAGCAUAUCAAAAUCAAUUAAUUACAAAAUUGAAAAUUGAAAAGAAUCCAUUUGCAAAAGGUUUUCGUGAUCCAAAUGGACGCUCACCUGAAUAUGAUUU